AUGCAACAUAUUUAUAGUCGAUACUUUUCACCAUGGACGAUCAUUUUUGCCAAGGCGCUGCCAUCAGAUCUUACUCAACAAGUUGCUGGAUACAAACCAAACUCCAAAAUUAGACUCUUCACAUACGCAACCCAUUUCAGAAGAAAUUACGUCGAACCCAUCGAAUCUGGUUCGGGUGACUCGUUCCACGGAACACGUUCAACUCGUCAGGUAUCAGACUUUGGUCCACGGCAUUAG